AUGUACGGUGAUGGAGAGGGCACCGUGUGGGACCGGGUCGGGCGGCCACACAGGGACUGCAUGUGCUACCUUGGACCUCCUACUUUGAUGCCAAUCGGGAUGCGCAGGUCGCCCGACGUGAGCCCCAGAAGGCUUUCGGACAUUAGCCCUCAGCUCAGACAGCUCAAGUACCUGGUGGUGGACGAGGCCAUCAAAGAGGACCUCAAGUCCUCGCGUUCAGUGGAGGACAUCAACAGUGCGUCCAUAGAGGAGAGGAUAUUGCGCAUCACCGGCUAUUAUGGAUAUCAGCCUUGGAAUGCGAGCUACAAGAGAGAAGACCGCAUCAGGGAGAAUGUGGUGGGCACCACAGAUGCACAGACGGCUGGUGCUGCGGCCGGAGCGGAGUCCGGCACCAACAAGCGGCGGCUCCACUGCUGCAUCAGAGUAACAACCGUACAGGUGCAGAAGGCCCUGUGGGGAGUAGCCAUGGUUAUGUGCGUGUGCUCCUCCUGGGCGGGCUCCACACAGCUGGCCAAGCUGACCUUCAAGCAGUUUGACGCCCCCUUCACCCUUACCUGGUUCGCCACCUCCUGGAACAGCCUCUUCUUCCCCCUCUACUACAUUGGCCACCUGUGCAAGAGUCCAGAGAGGCAGACGCCCAGACAGAGAUUCAGGGAGUGCUGUAGGUUUUUCGGGGACGACGGGCUCACACCCAAGGUGUUUUUCACCAAGGUAGCUCCCUUUGGCCUGCUGUGGAUCCUCACCAACUACCUGUACCUGCAGGCCCUCAGGAAGAUCAACACAACAGACGUGUCAGCACUCUUCUGUUGUAACAAGGCCUUCGUCUUCCUGCUGUCUUGGAUUGUACUUAGAGACCGCUUCAUGGGGGUCAGGAUAGUAGCUGCUAUCUUGGCCAUAGCAGGCAUUGUAAUGAUGACCUAUGCGGAUGGAUUCCACAGCCACUCGGUCAUCGGCAUUACUUUGGUCGUGGCCUCUGCUUCGAUGUCAGCGCUCUACAAGGUGCUCUUCAAGAUGGUCCUGGGCAGUGCCAAAUUUGGAGAGGCUGCACUUUUUCUGAGCAUCGUUGGAAGCGCCAACUUUGUUUUCAUCAGCUUUGUGCCGGUCAUCCUGUAUUUUACACACGUGGAGUACAUCGGCUCACUCGCAGACGUCCCCUGGCUCUACCUCUGUGGGGUCGCAGCCCUGCAGUUUGCUUUCAACGUCCUGGUGAACUUUGGCAUUGCGAUAACGUACCCAACAUUAAUCUCCCUUGGCAUCGUCCUAAGUGUUCCUGUAAAUGCCAUGGUGGACCUCUACACAUGUGAAAUUAACUUCAACACAGUGCGCCUCAUUGCUGUGUUCAUCAUUUGCCUGGGCUUCCUCAUGCUGCUGUUACCGGAGGACUGGGACCAGUGCAUCAUCCAGCUCAGCACGAAGCUGCGCAAGAAGCGUGACGAGCCAGCAGAGGGCAACGGCGAGGCAGGCGCCACCACAAGCCUCAACUGGAGAGGGAGAUCCAGGCCCUCCAUGACAACAUUUGCACAUUGACUCCAUGAAAUAUUACCAUGCAAACACACACAGACACAGGGAGGGAGGCACAUUAACAACCUCUUAAUGUCGAUGUCGGGGACCUGCCCUCUCUUUCACGACGCUCCCUGGAUGGAAAAAAAGUAUUUUAGACUGCCCUCUGAUCAGUAACAUUUCGGUCAAGGGGGGAGAUGCAGGAGGCACAUAUCAUUUUUGGCGUCCAUUCCACUCAGAAGUUAUCAGAGUUGGUGCAUGGACAAUAUCAAUUAUAACCCCCAAAAGAUUAUCAGGUAUAACUGACUGAGUCAUGUAUUAAUUUUGCUUUUACCUCUUAAUCAUUCCAUGGAUUCACUGCAUCCUUUGCGCCUGGGAAGACUUGCCAACUUGCCUGAUAUUUUUCAGUUCUGAGAAAAAGCAGCUUUUUUCGUGGCAGGCCUAACACCGCGUGGACUUGUUGUCUUUUAACAUGUACACAUUUACACACCUUUAAGAUCCAAAGAAGAAUGCCUAAAAUGCUGAAUGCCUGAAAACAAAAAAAGGGAGGCCCACAGUGGCGUCCCUCAGGUGUAAACUUAAUGACAAAUACCUGCCUUUCGUGCACUGUACAUAGCUGUGUCUCACACCGUGGAUGUCCUGGAGGAGCUGUGGACCCAGUGGGCUCAUCUUGGUGUGAAGGGACCUGUCUGGACACCUGAGGAUCAAUCUGAGAUGAAGACGCUUUCGCAAUGCCUGUUCAUCCUGAGAGAUGAGGUCCGGUCUUUUUUCGACCACGCUGAUUGGCCCCCCGUGGUUAUGCGCUUUCCCGGGGCUAGACUUCCACUCUGUCAACGCUGACACCCACCGCUCAGGCCCACAGUUAAGUCACGAGAGAUCUAAAACCAGUUUCUCUAUUGUUUUCAAUGCGUGAGAUGGUUCAGAUUUGUUUGUCAAAGAGUGCUUUCAGUCCAUCCAUAAAGCGCUUGCCUCGCCUUUUCUGUUCCCGAGACGAGCAAACGGUUUAUCUACCGAGCAAUACAGGUAAUACAUGUAUUUACAUGAAUUGUCAUUCGAAUAAUAUUUUUAACUGUCCAUUAGCAGUUCAAACUAUUAAAGGGACUCUCUGUAAGAAUCAGAAAUUGCUUGUUAACAGUGACACCUAUUAACACUGGCUCUGCUAUAUUCCCACAACACUAGUUUCCCCUCCGACGAUGGUCACAUUCCUGUUUUUGCAAGACGGACUUCACUAGAUAUAACUUUAUUGUGCUUCCGUAGAGUUUGUGUUGGACUCUGAGUUGUGGUGGGAGGCUGGUUGUUUGCAAGGCCUAUUGAAAGAGGUUGGGACACGGGUCUUGAGCUCUGGGGUAUAACAUAUGGGCAGUGUAACUGGAGCUGCGGUCGUGCGUUGCGAUUGGCUCAAUUUCGGCAAGUGCAGACCAGAUUUUACUGCGCAUGUGUUGUACCCUAAAGAUAUGACGCAUUGAUGACAUGUGACAUCUCCUCUUUUCACCCUCCUUGGUCGCUUGUUGCCGUUAGCGGACUCCAUAUCUAACCGAACGCUGGCUACGGCUAAGGCACUCGCAAGUCCGCAUGACGUCACAUACGUUGGAUUUUCCCAGAUAAACGGGCCCGGGUUCUUCACAUUAAAAGCAGUCUACAGGCUGAUAGAGGAAACCCAGAAAGUCACGAAAGGUCUCAAUUUUUAGGUUAGGUUACAACCUGUUCACACAUUGGCAAUAAAAAAUGAUUUAUACAUGUAAAAAGUUACUUACAGUCUCUUUAACUGGCCCAUUUUCGCAAUUCAUUCUUCAGGUAUGCCAAUCUUUGGAUGGACUAAAAGCACUAACAGCUUAAUAUAUGACAGACAGGCUUGAUGAAACCUUGGAACGACCCCUUUAAUAACUUUGAACAUCAAUCAUAGCUAUCACUGAGCCUCCUUUUAAAUUCACUUUCUAGACUUAUAUGCACAUAAACUAAUCCGCGGCAAUUAUCACUUAAAAUUUUUGUUUUUUCCUGAAGAAAAAAAGACAGAUUGUCUCACUGCGGCUUGAAGAGAGGUGUGCCGACACAUGAGAAUGGCUCCCCAUCUGCUCUUUGUCAAAAAAAAAACAACAACAACAUGUCUUACUGUUUCCAUCUAUCACAUUUCUGAGGCAAGUUAACAACCGAGAUGAACCUGAGAAGGCACACGCGUUGCAAAGCGACCGGUGGAAACUCUGCCUUGUUGUGAAUGUAUGAACAUCACUCGACCACACAUGCUCGCUACGUGCCAUCUGUUUUUUACAGUGCCACCACAGACUGCUGCAGAGACACUCUUUAAUACUUCCCUUCUUGUACUCAUCUGACCGAGUUUUUUUUGGAGCAAACUCUUGACGCAUCAUUUGAGACUUUUUUCUAUUUUUGCAUUUGGUUGCUGACUAACCUGGAGGGGACAGUGAGUGACAUCUGCAGGACGAGCAUGCACAUACUGUAUGAGCAGAUACAGCUGACGUCCACUUCACUGCCUUUUCUUUGUUUUGCAAUAGAAUACAUUAGCACUGUUUCCCAUUGUCAUGCUCUAUGACAAUAAAUUAUAAUAUUGUAUUCCUCUGGAAUUAUUGCUAGACAUAAAUGUAAACCUUUGUAAGGAAUGAUGAUUUUUUUACACUGAGAUGCAACAUAUGAUUAUCACAUUUGAGGAAGAAGUAUUUAGAGCGUGAAUAAAUGACGGGUUUAUUAUUAGAUCUACUGUUGGGUGUCUUCAAGUGUAAUCACAUGUACUAUAUAAAAGAUUUCUUUUCAAUAUA